UGUUGCGUUUUGAUAAAUUUAUAUAAACAUUUGAUCCAGUAUGUGACGUGUUGCUUGCCAAAAAUUUGAGUGUAGCUAUGGAAACGAAUCCCAGACUGCACAACCCUAGAAAAAAAUCGACCAAUCCCACUUCGGGGUGAAACUCUAAGAGACUUUUUCUCUCUCUCACUAACUCUCUCUCCCAUCACCCCCGUUUGGGGCGGGAGGGCGAGAGUUUCAGCGAGUUGGGCUUUUUUUCAAGAAAAGGAAAGCUAAAUCAAGCGUGAAGUAGAACAGUUGGUACUUUAGAGAGAGGGAGAAGGACUGUGAGAAACCCUUUGCAUCUCAUAAAAACCGCGGCAAAUCUCUGUUCCCAGCUGUAUGUUGGGAUUCGGAGCGUUCAGAACAAAGGGGAAGAUAUUAACUUCCAACUGGAAGGCCCGUUUCCUGGAUCCACAUGGUGGAUAGUACUUUUAAUGCGGCGCUCUUUUGCCCCCUUUUCUCGCUUCAUCACUAACACCGCUAGGAAUUUUAAAGUGGGGAGCGAGAGGGGGAGAUAUUUUAACCCGUGCGCUAAUCUCGCUGUUAUGCAACUGCGAGGGGGCUUUGCAAAGCGAGAGAGAGCCGGCCGAUUGGGAACCCUUCUGCAGGAUGCAUUCGAUCCGGUCGCUUUAAACGAGGGGUGCGGAUGGUCCCUUCGCUGAAGAAUGAUCCGGACAGUCAGACUGAGCUGGUACUCGUUGGCGAUACUGGCUUGCUUUAGGUCGGUGGCCGGGGCGCAGCCCGUGUGUUGGAAGGCUCUGCUGCGCUGUCAGCAGGAGAAGGAUUGCAAAUGGGCUUACAGCCAGUACAGCGCCGCUUGUGAACCUUUCUUGAAGGGCUUGAGGAGGCACUGCCCCAGUCACUGCAUCGGCGCCCUGGUCAAACUCAACCAGACCCAGAACGGGCCGGACCUGGAGAACUGUGACUGCGACCAGGACGUGCAGUGCAGACAGGCCAAGCGAGCUAUCGAGCCUUGCAUGCCCAGAAGAUACAGGGGCGAGUCGGAUCUGGGCUGCACCAAGGCACGUCAGCGUUGCGAGGAGGAGACGGUGUGUCACGGCGCGAUGAAGGACUACCUGUCCAACUGCGGGCAGCUUUUCAACGGGAGGAGGUGCACGCCGAUGUGUAGGAAUACCAUCCAGUACCUGCUCUCCAUCCCCAAUGGCAUUCUGCUUAACACCUGCGUCUGCGACGGCGUGGAAAGGCCCUUCUGUGAAGUGGUGAAGGAGAACAUUCAGAAAUUCUGUUCCAUCAACGGCCACUCGCUCCUGACGGCCACCCCGGACUCCGAUGAGAAUUAUGAAUAUGAUGAUUAUGAAAUAAACAGAACGGAUUUAAAACCGCAGCAAACUGACCCGGCGUCAAACCUCUCUGCAGUAUCCACGUGCUGCUCCCUGCUCCUCGUUGUGCUCCCGGGCUUGUGGUUUCUAUAAUACUUUGUGCAAACAAUUAUUUGCAGGUUUGUUUGUUUUGAUUUCAAUCUCUCUCUCUCUUUCUUCAUACACACACACACACACACACACACACACACACCGUCUCAGUGUUUACAAAGCAGCGGCUACAAACACUCGAGGCUGACAGAACGAGUGAGAUCAAAUUAACCCUCAUUACAAUUCCUGUCUCACCAUCAGCCCCACUCCCCGGUCGAUUUUUAAUAUAUAAACGCUUAGUCGUCUGCCAACCAUUCGUGCUACAGUCUCGGGAUUUGGCUCAAUCCCACACCUAAUAAAACACAGCAUUUUGUGUACAGUUGGUUCGGUUGAUCUUUAACGUGCAUUUUGAGGUGGGAGCCACGGUCGGAAAAGCGUGUAGAUUUGUACGAAGAUUUUUUUGUAUAAAAGGUGGUACACAUUUUGACACUAUUUAUGGUUUUACAGCUAACGCAUUUUCGAAAUAAAUUCGGGUCACGGUUUUGUAUCGGUUUGGCACGGUUUUGUAUCGGUUUGGCACGGUUUUGUAUCGGUUUGGCACGGUUUUGUAUCGGUUUGGCACGGUUUUGCAUUUUGUUUCUUUUUGCCUUCGCCUCCGACACUCCUGUUCGCCCCGAGUCACUCCGCCCCAUUGUCCUAACAUCGGACCGCACGUUUCGGUGCCUCAUUGACCCACUGCGCGAGUCGUUGCCCCAUCGCUGCCCACUCAUUCCCUGAACCCCGCUUCUGGUCCAACAAUCUGCUGGAGGAACUCAGCGGGUCGGGCAGCAUCUGUGGAGGGGAACGGACAGUCGACGUUUCGGGACGAGACCCUUCAUCUGGACUGGAGGGAAAGGGGGAGAUAGACAGUCGCCGGCUCUUACUCCAUUCCCCCCCCCCCACCCCUUUUAUACCGGCUAUCUCCC